AUGAAAAUGAAUGUGGUCGAUGACCUCGUAAUUCGAUCCGAACCAGCUUACACUGAAGCCGAUCCCACUCCUGACGCAAUUGGUCUUGAGUUCGUGCGUCAGUAUUACACCAUUCUAUCCAAGUCUCCCAGCUGCGUGCACAAAUUCUAUAGCCACGAAUCGGUGUUCGUGCACAAUGACAUUACUGUCAUAGGGCAACAGGUAAUGGACCACUUUCUAGAGGCAAUCGCUCUUCUUGAAACGGCUUGGUGGCUCUUCUCAAAGUUAUCAUUUACUGGAUCGUUCACGUCUCAUAAAGGAAUCGUCCUGCAAGUAUGUGGUGAAGUGGCCACCCGUCGUUUUAUCCAGACCUUCAUCUUAGGACAGCAAAGCGCGAAGAAAUUUUAUGUGCAGAAUGAUAUCUUUGAAUUCCUAGACGUGGCUUUUCAAAGUGAAUCGCAGGACUCUCCAGCUCCUGCUCCACCGAACGAAGCCGCUGCUACUGAGGCACAGUCGGUUGAUAUCGAUCUCGUGCAGAACGGUCACAACCAUUCUCAUUCAUCGAUAGCUCUUAGUUGUGAGGAAACACCUAUCUUGACGAGUGUUGUCUCUCAUGCGAAGGCGAGUCCAGCGAAAAAUCCUGCCUCGGCGCCUGCUGCGGAAGGUGAGUGA